AGAUCGCGCUAACUCUGCCGGCACCUUGCUUCCUCCCCUUUCAGCAUAUUUGCUCUCACUCUUCAAAACCAUCAACUUCACCAACAUGACCUUUGCUGGACGAUGGGAAAUCGAAUCCCAGGAGGGUUACGACGAGUUCUGCAAGGUGGUUGGAAUUCCCGCUGAUGUCAUUGAGAAGGGUCGUGACUACAAGGCGGUCACGGAAGUUACCCAGAAUGGGGAUGAGUUCACCUGGACCCAAGUCUACCCCACUAUCAAGGUCACCAACAAGUUCACCAUUGGGAAGGAAAGUGAAAUGGAAAGCCUGGGAGGAAAGAAAUUCAAGGCGACCGUAAACUUGGAAGGGGGGAAGAUGACCGUGAACUUCCCCAACUACACGCAGACCAACGAGAUCAGUGGAGGCAAGCUCAUUGAGACCUGCAAAGCUGGCUCUGUGGUGCUGAGGAAGGUCAGCAAGAAGAUCUAACCUGCCCUUUGACAUCUACUGCAGCAACAGUAUGCUCUCAAUGAACGGCUCUCAAUAAAGCUUCAAGAAAAAUGUUCAGACACGUG